CCUGACAAUUAUUUUGUGUUUGUCAAAUGAAAGUGUUUUCAGCAAUACUUUGUUGCUUUGUUGUUUAAGUUUUGCUCUGACAAAAUACCUGCAUUCUGGAAGCUGCUGAAGCGUGAAUUAAACGAUGCUUCUUCGAGCAUGGAAAGUCUACCGUAUCCCCCUCAUCAGCUGAACGGAUACAAUAUUGAUCCGUCCCAAGCGCCAUAUCCCUAUCAAAUUCCCCCACCGAUGAUCCCAGCUCCGGUUCAUAUCCCGGCGGAACCAGCGAACGAUCCCAAUUCAAAGGAACCACGGCGGAGGAGUGUUCGGCGAGAAAGCGAAGAGGCUCGGGCCGAACGUCUGUCGAAAAACGCUGAGCGAAUGAGACAGAAACGAGCAGCCGAAACGUACGAGCAAUACAGACUUCGGCUAGCUAAAAACGCCGAAAACAAUCGCCGAAGAAGACAGAAUGAAACCGAGGAGGAGCGUGCCUUGCGCCGGAUGCGGAACUCUAUGCGGCAAAAGCUGAGAAGAUCCAUGGAGACACCGGAGCAGCAGACAGCGCGAAAAGCAGAGCUGGCUCAGCGUAUGCGGGAGAAGCGUUCAAGAAAGGGGGACACUGAGUUCUCCGAGGACCGAGGAAAGGUGCCGCCCGUGAUGGAACCCAUUGUUCAGCAUACAAUAUUGUAGUAGAGUAAUUAUAGCAUUUAGGUUUUUUUUUAAAGUAACGCAAAAUAAAUAUAAGAGUCCGAGAAA